UAAGCACGAAGUAAACAAACGACGCAACGAGGUUCGGGCAACAAUUUGCACCAUGUGUUACAGGUAAAAUACCACACCCGCUGUAGUAUUAAAUAUGUAUGGUUUGAACACGAAUCGUCAAACUCUGUGACACGUAAAGUCUAACAAAACAUCGCAAACUUGCUCGCCGAUUGUAAUUAUGUCACAAUCAAACGCAGAAUCCAUCUCGCAACCAAAUUCGUCCAGUGAGUUGUCACACUAUGAGGUACUUCAAGUAGCGCCGAAUGCGAAUUUCGACGAAAUUCGUAAAUCAUACCAAAGUUUAGCUUUGCGAUUGCACCCCGAUAAAAUGCCAAACUCCAAAGGAUCAUUCGAUCGCGAUUCAGUCACAAUCGAUUUUGUUCGCAUCGAUGAGGCGUGGAAAGUUCUCAGGGAUGUCGAUUCUAGACGCGUUUACGAUGCCGAACUGAUGCAACGCACCUUUCGAGAAGAAUAUUUUGUCAACGAAAAUCUAACCGGAAAUGAUUUCCAAUUACAUGAAGGUAAAGAUUAUCGCUAUCACGUGUGUCGAUGUGGAGGCCUUUAUGUACUUCCGGAGGGGCUUACCAGCGGUGACAAAUGUUACCUAUCGUGUGAUGAAUGUUCUCUGGUCGUUGAGAUGGCGUAAUUUGAUUUUCAUUCAUAUGAUAUACCUUUCCCAAUAUGCGUUGGAAAGCUACAGUCAUAAAGCUUCAGAAAUACUGUGCCAUUUAGCUAGAUGCAAAAAAAAACAAACCCUCGUGGUGGACAAUACUUUGAAUAUUGAAUUUGUAACCAUUUUCUGUCAACAAAGUUUGAAAUUAAAAAAGAA